AUGGCUAGCCAGAGUGUAGAGGAGGAUUGUGAAACCAAUGGAACCCCAGCUGUUGAUGAAGAAGCUGAAAGUGAGGACAUCCCUCAUUCUUCACCUGAUUCAAAAGUGGAUUCAAGAGAGGCUUUGGUAAUACAAGACCAAAGCCAACCUAUAGCCAGUGAGGAAGAUAACACUAACCUCCUCAGGCUGUCCUUCCCAAGAAAGCUCUGGGCCAUUGUGCAGAAUGAUGAAUUCAAGUCUGUGAAAUGGACUGAGGAAGGAGACACCAUAAUGAUUGAGGUAGACCUUUUCCAGAAAGAGAUCCUUCACCUCAAGGGGGCAAAGAAGAUUUUUGAAACAGACAGCUUAAAGAGUUUCAUUCGCCAGCUCAACUUAUAUGGGUUCAGGAAGAUAAGCAAUGAGACCACUGUAGCUUCUGGAGAGAACAAGAAAAUAAUGAUGUACCGCAACUUCAACUUUCAAAGAGAUAAACCUGGGCUGUUUCAGUAUAUCUGGGGAAAAGAAGACCUAGGCAAUCUUGCCAACAAAGCUACCUGUAUACCCAUUCCACUACAAGAGCCAACUUCAAAAAAAAAGAAGAUGUUACCUACCAGAUAUUCUCCACGAUUCUAUCAUAAACCUGAGGAAAACAGUGAAAAGUCCAAGAACAACUCCAAUGACCAGGCACACAAAGGAAAUCAGGGUUUUAUAUUCUCUUCUGUAUGGGCUAUGAAAGCUAUUCCUCGAUGUUCCCUACAAAAUCAGCCUUCUGGGGAGUCAUGUAGCACAACCGUGGAAGACACUUCUCGCAGUAUUAUGUAUAUGCCUCCAACUGCCCCUGGAGUCCAAGGAACAGAAGAAGUACCGUGUGCCAGCUCAUCAGGGCACUCCAUUUUGCAUUCUAUGAUGUCUCUAUACAACAAUUGUUGUUCUGCCCUAUUGUCUGCCCUCUCACAAAGGCCAACAAAUGAAUCCCCUGAUGAAGAAGAACAGGAAGGCUCCUCAGAGUACAUGCGUGUCAUCUGUGAGCCCAUAAAGAAUAAUCCUCACUUAUGA